AUGUCCGAAGAAACAAAGCAAUCCACUCUCCAAGCGCUGCGCAACUGGGGCGAAAAUUCCGUACCGCCCACUCUGCUCGCAACACUCAUCACAGCUCAACAUGCCCGGCCCUUCCAGCCCCUCCCCAUGCUCUUCACCCCGGUCCUGCUCUUCUCCUCCUACCUGAACCUCAGCAACUACAAGACCGACGCCGCGGGCAUCACUGCUGCGUGGAGUGGGCUGUACGGCCUGCUAGCCCUGCGGAGAAGCCAGCGACUGAAGAAUAAGUUCACCGUGAGAGGCGUGGUAAGAGGUGGCUCGCUGGCGCUCUGUGCUGUUAACGUCGUGGGCUGCGGACUGGCGUACACUUUCGGCAAGCGCGAGAAGGAGGAGAAGUCGGCGUGA